AUGAGAGAUGAGGAUAGAUUGCCAAGUCAACCUCUAGUGAACCCUAAGGGCCAAUAUGAGAUAGAAUAUGAAUCGGUUGUUGGUCCUUCGUCGUAUCAUGAGCAAGCCCAAGCUAUAACCAUUAUGCGGAGUGGUAGGGAGGUAAACAAUACGGUUGGGGAGAAGUUAAGUAAGGGUAAGGGUAAGGACAAAAUAAUGGUAGAGCCCAAUUUUGAAUCCUGCAUCCCCUCCUCCUCUAAUCCAAUGAGAAAUCCUGAGAUUCUCACUCCCUCUGUUGAAGGAUCAUUACCCCAUUAUGUCCCUCCAACGCCAUACCCUGCAGCCCUUCAAGCACAUUCUAAACCUAAGAAGGAAGAAAUUGAAGAGUCGAUGAUGGACACCUUUAGGCAAGUAAAGAUCAAUCUUCCUCUCUUAGAUGUCAUCAAGCAAAUGUCUGCUUAUGCUAAGUUCCUCAAGGACUUGUGCACCCAAAAGCGCAAAUCUAAGGUGCACUUGAACAAAAGAGUCAGAUUGACUGAGAAUGUGAGCUUAAUUCUUUUGGGUUCUAUUCCCCCUAAAUUUAAGGACCCUAGUGCUGCCACCAUCUCAUGUGUAAUUAGUAAUUUCACAAUUGAUAAGGCCCUUUUAGAUUUGGGAGCAAACAUGGAGCCUACCGACCGGACCAAGAAAAAAAUUUCGGUCCUUCUGGGUCACCCAUUCUUAGCCACAGCUAAUGCUUGCAUCCAAUGUAGGACUGAUGUUAUGGAUAUAUCCUUCGGUAACAUGCAGCUCUGGCUAAAUGUGUUUUGUGCCUCCCAGAACCCAUCAUAUGACAUCUCAUGUGACGAUGUAGACAUGAUUGACGAAGGUGUUGAAAAGGAUGCCCCGUCGACUCUUCUGAAAAAUUUCCUUGAGGAUAGGCCUCCAUUUGAUCGGCCUUCUACUUCAAGUUUAGAGGACCCGUGUGUGCAUGUCUCCGCUAUUAGGGAGUCGACCUCUACCCUAAAGAAAAAUGCCUUGGAAAGCUAG